ACAAAAUGGGAAAAUUAAAGAGUUUUGAGAUAGUGUUGGAAAGUGACCAAAAUGUGUAUUAUCCGGGACAGCAUGUGAAGGGCAAGUGUGCCAUUGAGUUGAGGAGUGAACUUAAAUUGAAAUCAAUUAAGAUUUAUAUGGUUGGCAUCGCUAAAGUCCAUUGGACUGAAUCCAGAUCUACAGGCAAUCGAUUGGGUGCUUAUACUGAACAUUAUAGCUCUGAAAUCGAGUACUUUUUCAAAAAACAAUUACUCUGUGGCCCAGAAUCCAAUGAUAGUCGUGAAGUGUUGAUUGAAGGACACCACGAAUUCGUGUUUUCAUUUCAAUUGCCGAACGGAGGAAUCUCGACCUCAUUUGAGGGUAAAUAUGGAAAUAUUAGGUAUUGGCUUAAAGCCGAAGUGGAGAAGCCGUGGGGUUUCAAUCAUAAAACCAAAAAAGCAUUUACUGUCAUCACUCCCAUUGAUAUUAAUAGACGAGAAUAUUUGAUACCGGUUGAAAAUAGUAUUGAAAAAUCAUUGUGUUGUUUAUGUUGCACAUCAGGACCGAUACAUUUAUACGCACGAACAGAUCGUACUGGUUAUUGUCCGGGGGAGUCCAUAUCAAUAACGGCUGAAUUUGAAAACCAUUCGCGACGGACAGUCAUACCUCACGCCACUCUAUACCAGUCACAGACAUUCCUGGCGGGCGGUAAGUCAAGAUGUCGGCGCUUCAAGUUUACAAUAGUAACUGGUCUGGCCAUUCAACCGCGCCGUACGGCCAAUUGGGACGCACAGUUGCUUAAGAUACCAGCCGUUUCGCCCUCUAUUAUCAACUGUUCUCUUAUUAAAGUGGAAUAUGCUGUCAGAAUCACACUUCAAAUACCUCUUAUUGGUUACAAUCUAUCGGUUUACUUACCAAUCAUUGUAGGAACUGUACCACUAAGAGCACAGUCGUCUAACUCACAGUUAAUGAGACCAUCGGAAGUUCGGAUGUCAUUUUAUCCGCCCGUUCCCUCCUAUUCUGCUGCACUCGAGUUUGAAGAGGAUAUAUCAACGACACCACCUCCGACUUAUGCCGAGUGUAUUAGUGGUUCAGUGGAUAUCGGCGAUGACGAAGACGGAGAUAUUAUAGGCGACACACGGUUUACGCCUAUGUAUGCAUACGUUCACAACUAUUCUCCAGCAGUCCCUCCGCCAGCGUAUUCAGAAAUUGAUCCACACCCUAACCGACCCGCUUGAACAGUGGCUUAAAUUUAAUGGCCU